AUGUUUGAAAUUGUUCAACACAACGAGAGGCUGAUGAAAAGAAGAGUUAUUGAUAAGUUGGUGAUACGUGAGUGCCUUUCUCACGAUUACAAAUUCGUUGUCAAGGUGAAAUGCGAUGAAGAAGAAGUAGAUAGUUACUUGGUGAAAGAUCAAAGACGAUUCAAGAGGCUUCCUAGGAGACCAGCCGUCAAGCGACAUCAUCCUGAACAUCGUAUUGGUUCAAUUUUUUCGCUGAUUUCGAGAUGCCUCAGCAAUUUGCUCAAAGACGCUAUUGUUGGAUACCUGCGGAUCACAAUGGUCGGUUGA